CAGUGGUGAUAGGUCAGGGGCAGAGGAAUGGCCACUCACGGGAUGGCGCUGCCCCCGGUGAAGAGUGUGGUGGUGUACCGCAACGGGGACCCUUUCUUCCCUGGCAGGAGGUUCGUAGUGAACCACAGGCAGGUCGCGAACCUCGAAUCUUUCCUCAAUGACGUCACUCAGAACAUCCAGGCGGCGGCGGCUGUGCGGACCCUCUACACGCCCCGCGAGGGCCACCGGGUCCACGAGCUGCAGGACCUGCGCAGCGGAGCGCAGUAUGUGGCCGCUGGGUUCGAGAAAUUCAAGAAACUCGACUAUUUGAACACAGGACUGAAACCAGUUGUUAACCGCAGUGACAAAGCACAGGCGAGGCCAGUAUACAGGCCAAAUGUGUCAGCAAAAUGGAGGAAGGCCAUACAUCUACCCUGUAUCAUACACGUGUUCCGAAACGGAGACCUCCUGUGUCCCCCGCUUCGGUUCAUCAUUCCCAGGAGCAUACUGCAGGACUUGGAGCAGAUUCUCAGCAUGGUGUCGGAGAAGGCCAGCCUUCGCACCGGGGCUGUCCGCAGGCUGUGUACGCUGGAGGGUGGAGCAGUAGCUUCAGGGGAAGAGCUGGAGAGUGGCCAGUACUACGUUGCUGUGGGAACGGAACGGUUCAAGAAGCUUCCGUAUGUGGAGCUGCUGGUCCCUAAAGCCCCAGCUGGUCACAACCUAAGGAACCAAUAUGGAAACAGAAGGCUACCAAAGAGAAAUGAGACCAGAAAGCCAGUAAGCGUUCCACAGGACCGAUAUAGCGACUCUGCACUGCUGGGUUCCCCAGAGUCGGAUGGUCGGAGGGUAAAAUCCACAGGGGAUGAGGCAGGAGGCGCAGCUCCCACCCAUGGGAUACAUACAAAACAGGGGAGGCUCCCAAAAGAGGAGGAAUCCCUCUUCUAUGCCAAACCAGUGAAAGUCCGCAAGAAUGGGGCUGGAGCAAGACCUGCAAGGCCACUGAGGGGAGACACACACCCCAGUGUGUUUAAAGGAGACCGCAGGAAGCGGAGGGAGGAAGUACAGGGAGCCGAGGAGGUGGCUGAGGAUGAAAACACUGCAGUGGAACUUCCUGUUGAUCAGAGAGUGGCAGAAACUGUGGAAGAUGAAGAAUUUGAUGGAAGAAAUCACCUUGAAACACCUGGAGGCAACACUGACAUGGCACAUACAAGAGGGAACCCAUAUCAGGAACCUGAAGUUGGAUACAUAGCAAAUGGAAGAGCUUCUGCCAGCAGCAGAGAGAAUGACGAUGGAGCCAAUACUGCAGCCGUGCUGCUGUGCUGA